AUGGAUAUCGAUAACGUCAUUCAGGCAUGUGCUGCUUUAAUGGCUGUAGAUUAUCAAUUAUGUCAAGGAAGAAGUUGCCACAGUAGAAUGUUAUUUAUACGUGUUUGUGAAUUAGUGAUGGAACUAUUUUCAAAAUCUUUUUUCAAGCAAUAUUUUUUUCGUCCAUUGUUAAAAUUAGCUGAAGAUCCAGUUCCAAAUGUUCGACUUAGGUUGUGCUCUGUUUUACCUCAAUUAAAAGCUCAAAUAAAAUUACCAACAGAUGGAUCACUGUUGCAGGAACUUGAAGCUUGUGUUCGUGUAUUAAUGACUGAUGAAGGCGAUAGGGAUGUUGCAGCAGCUGUUCGAAAUGUUAUAGAAGAAUUGGAUAAGAUUGAAGUUGCAAUGGAGCCUCAAGAGUCACAAGUAACUCAAAAAGAGCUGCAUGUGACUCUUGGAGCCGCAUUUGUCCAUGUCUGUUAUAUAGUAUAUGUGUAG